CCCGGCCCCGCCUGCAUCCUCGCCGAGCGAUGCUCUCCCCGACACGCCAGGACCCGGCGGCGGUGGAGAACCCCAGCACCGCCGACGUCCCGGCCAAGGUCCUGCCCCAAACGGGCGGCGAGUCGACCGCCGCGCGUCCGCGCAGCGUUUCGUACAUCGCGCAUCUCCUUUCACCGCCCCCCUCAACCAGCCUCUCUGGCGGGGAGGUCCAGGUCCCGACGUCUGUAUCUAUGCCGGGCUCCUCGUCCCCCACCCCUCCGGGGCCGGGGUCCGACCUGGAGGACUUCCUCCCAGCCGGCGGGACGGCUUUCCUGACUCUGGCACCAGGUGCGGCGCCGCAUGCGCCCACAGGCUCGGGCAUCAAUCCGGCUGAUGAAGCGUCGGCCGUCUUCGCGCUGGACCCGUCCAAACGCGAGGCCAUUCUUAAGUCCAACUUUGCUGCUAGCGCUGUUCCGGAGAUCCGCGCGGCUGCCGCCAGCUCUUUCACCAUCCGGCAGGGUGCCUCGACGAACUCCUCCUCCGCGCAGUCGGUAACCUCCUCACGGGCACACUCUCCUGCCCCGGCCGGGGAAAGCCGAGUCGAUCAAACGCCCCCGCCACGCGUGGCCACCGGUCAGCGGCACCCGCUUGCCGGUGUGGCCACCGCCCUCGGGGUCGACGAAGAGGAGGACAUCCUGGAGGCGGAUGAUGAAUUCCACCCGUCGGAAUCGCCGCAUGCCCUCCACAGUAACCUGGAGGAUGAGUCAGCCGUCUUGAGCCCGCUGACCCCGGUGGCACCUGAGGCCGCCAUGGUGCCAGGCGGCCCGGGAGACUUGAAUGACCCGCAGAUGCAGUUCCACUCCUACGCCAUCCGCAUGGGGCUCUACAUGCUGGUGCCACAAUAUGCCGGACCCGGGGAGGCUGCCACUUCCCCCGGGAAGCGUGCUGCCAUUCCGGCCGCCGGCACCGAUCGAACGGGGCUCCCGACCGGCGGAACAGCCACCGCGACUGCCACGGCCGCGGCCACUCCCUGUCCCACGCACCGGGAUUUGGGCCUGGCCCGGUGUCCCGGGGGGGUCCGUUGCCCGCAGGAUUACACCUCAACUCGGCCUCUAAUGUCACCCGUGCCGGCGACUCCAUCUCCCUUGCUGACGAGCGCCGCCUCGGCCACCGGCCAGGGGCCAGGCUCUUUCUUGUCGGGCAACCGGCACCUGAUGGCCGGGGGCACGGCCGGGAACUCGCCAGCCGCCGGCACCACCCCCUAUCAAAUUGGCAUGGAGGGACUCGGGUCGCCGGCUGGAUUUGCCGCGGCCCAUGUUCCCGAUCGCCUGGGCUUCCAGCUCCUACGCAAGGCCGAGGAGGUGCUGGUCCAACGCCGGCGGGUGGAACGCUAUGAACAACGCUUGGCCCAGGCGCGCUUGCAGAUGGACGCCCUGUCGGCGGAGUUGGCCGAGAUCCGCAGCGAAUUGAUUGCCCAGCACAAUCUCGCGAAGAGCUCGACCGUGCACCAGCAUCUGACACCGCCGGAGGGCCAUAACAAGUCGGACGCCCGGUCGGCCCUCACAUGGGCCGACUUUGCCGUGUCGACCGCGCAUCAGAGCCACUCGCCGGCCGAUCUGCGCGACUUGACCCGCAUGAUUCGCACCUCCGGCAUCCCGGUGGCCCUGCGUCGAUUGGUGUGGCUCACUUGCCUGGACCAGCUGGUUCCCGGGGACCCGGGGACCUUUCUCCCGGGGGGGAGCUUCCGUGACGGGGGGCUUCGGCUGUAUAUGCGCUAUUGCCGGCUAACCGAGCAGGCGGCGGCCCACAUCUACGAGCCGGCACAAACCAGCGAGUGGGAUGACAUGAUCCGCGGCAUCAGCCGUCAGGGCGGCGGCUCCGGUGGCCGGUCAUCCAGUGGCCUGCGCAGCCGUCUGCAAAAGAGCACCCUAAAGGCCGUCGGUGCCGGGAGCCCUGGCGAUGUGGGUCCCAUGGAUGCCAUGCCUGCCGGAUCGUACAGCCUGCUGGCCGGUGAGCCGGAUGCCCUGAAAAAUGACUUCUGCAAUGUCCGCCUGGAUCCGGUGGUGGUGGCAGCCAUCGAGCAAGACCUGCACCGGACCCUGCCGGAGUAUGCCUCAUUCUCGCUGAUGUAUGCUCCGGGGAUUGUCAGUCUGCGACGCAUUCUCCGGGCAUACUCCCUUCGCAACCCGGCGGUCGGGUACAUCCAGUGCUUCUCGGUCAUUUCGGCCACCCUGCUGCUGCAGCUGUCCGAGCAUGAGACCUUCUGGAUGCUGUGCCACAUCAUUGAAAACAUCUUCCCGCCGAACUACUUCACAAAGAACCAGGUGGGCAUUUUCGUGGACCAGCUGGUGCUCGGUGAUCUCAUCAAGAUUCACCUCCCGGAAUUGGCCCAGGCCCUGGAGCAAACGCAGACCGACAUCAGCGUCAUCUUUUCCGGGCCUUUUGCCUCGCUCUUCGUCAACUCCCUGCCCAUGGAGUGUGUCCUGCGCAUCUGGGACUUGCUCUUUGUUGAUGGCAGCGUGGCUCUCUUUGCCGCGGCCUUGGCCAUCCUGCGCAACAUGCAGAAGGACCUCCUGCAUGCGAUGAACCGAAUGGCGUCCGGGCCGUUGUCUGCCUUCAGCCUGCCGAAUGGCUUGUGCUUCGAGAUCCAGCAGCUCAUGCGCAAUGCCGUGUACAGCUCCACCGAAACCCGGCGCAUCAUCAAGUACCUCGGGCGCAUGAUCCUCGACGUCAACCCGGAGACCGUGUCCUCCCUUCGGGCAAAGUACCAGCACCACGACCCGGCGCACUCCUAGGGGAGUGAGCACGCCCAAAGGACCACAUGGGAGACCGUGCCCACGUGUGGGGAGGGCCCUCGGAGAGGGAAACAAUCUGCGGAUUUCUGCCUCGCCUCGCUCUUUCUGUCCGCCUCCGCACGGGGUCUUUCCGCCGCCAGGCUGCUCCCAGCAGCCGGUCCGGCUGGGUGACCGAUCCUGCUGUAUGUGUAGUCAAUAAAAAGCAAUCCACAUA